AUGGCAUUACCGAAACUAACAAUACGCAAUAUCUCCACAACUCCACUCGAGUUAAAAUCACUGGAACGAUUCGAAUCUGCAGAUGGGAAAGCUGGCGGGGUAAAUAUCACCAGGAUAACAAGAAAUCUCACUGGGUUUAUGAACAUCACCAGCACUCCAAGCUCACCACAAUUAGCUGAGAAAGCCCAAAGCUUUAGUCAUCAAGAUGUUUCCAUUCCAAUUGCUCCAUUCGAGUCCAAAGUUACAGGUGUAGAAGUUAAAGGGAACCAAGUCCUACGAUUGAUAUUCGAGAUAAAAGGCGAACGGUAUCGAAUUGAUACCCCAACUCCCUUACAUCGGUCAACCGUUCUCACACCUCUUUCGCACAAUCCCUCCUAUGAAUUCACAGGUGUAUAUCUACCUAAACAUUCUUUCCUCGCAAUCUUUUCCUCAGCGAAACUAUCAUCAUGGAUGUCCAAUUUCAAAGACGAAACUCCCUUGGCAGCUCUUAGUAUUCCCGGUACACACAAUUCCCCAACCUGUUACGCCGCAUUACCUUCUGUACGUUGUCAGGCUGUCAGCAUAAAAGAUCAAUUGAACAAUGGAAUCCGUUUUCUUGAUAUACGGGUUCAACCACAAGACCCAAGUAAUCCCGCUGCAGAGGGUCUAAUUCUGGUUCAUAGUGCUUUUCCGGUUUCUUUUACAGGCAAUAAAUAUUUCCGAGAUUUGGUCAACCAUGUGAAGGCAUUUUUAGUUGCAAAUCCUACGGAAACAGUUAUUAUGUCAUUGAAAAGGGAAGGAAUAGGGAAAUCUACGGAUCAGCAACUCAGCCAAAUACUCAACCAUCAUUAUACUCAAGAUUCUGCUCGUUGGUUCACAGGCAAUCGCAUUCCAGCUCUAGGCGAGGUUCGUGGGAAGAUUGUGGUUAUACGUCGGUUCGGCCUAGACAACUCGCUGAAAGGAGAAAACAAUGGAACAGGUCUAUAUAUCGACGCAGAGAGCUGGCCAGAUAAUUGUGCAGAUGGCGAGUGCACCAGUGGAGAAAUCCGAGUGCAGGACUUCUACGAGGUUGCCGUGUCUACGAAUAUCGAGAAGAAGAUUGGAUAUUCCACAGAUCAGUUGGAGAGGGCCGCGAAAGCCGUAGCCGUACUUCCUGAAGAUAUGGGUGCUGCAAGUACGGAAUCUGCAAAACAACCUUUCUUUAUGAAUUUCUUGAGUGCUUCGAACUUUUGGAGAGCGAAUUGUUGGCCGGACAAGAUUGCGGAAAAGGUUAAUCCCGUGAUCGUUGACUUUCUAUGUAGAAAGCAUAAUGAAUCUACUUCGAGUGAACAUCCAGAUGGUGCAAGUAUAGGGGAUGGGAGUACGGGAAUUGUAGUCUGUGAUUGGGUUGGGGUAGGUGGGGAUUGGGACUUGGUGAGGUGUAUCUUGGCAAUGAAUGCAAAGUUGGAGAUUAGAGAGAAGGAGAAGGAGCUUCAGCUUCCUUCUGAUUCCCCUUCAUGA